AUGGACAGGUCAGAUCUUUCCUUCCAACCACCCAGAUACCGCAUCGUUGCUCCACUCCGCUCCUCCCCGGCCUCACACUCUCUCGCUUGUUCCGCUCUCACCCACCCGCCCCUUUCGUUCGCAUCUGCAGGCAAGCACACGUUUGGCGGGCGGUGCCUACACGCCAUAGGGCCACACAUGAACCCGUACGAGCAGGCCAUUCAGAUCAUCGGGGAGACGCUAGAGCCCUUCGACGAGGACAACCUCAUCCCCGCCUUCGGCUUCGGCGACGCCACAACGCAUGACAAGGCAGUGUUCUCAUUCAACCGGGACAACCGGCCGUGCAACGGCAUUGCAGAGGCGCUAGCACGCUACCGGGCCAUUGCACCUCACGUCAAGCUCUCAGGUCCCACAUCCUUUGCCCCGGCAAUAGAGGCAGCGGUGCGCAUAGUGGAGGAGAGCGGGGGCAACUACCACGUGCUGCUCAUCAUUGCUGACGGCCAGGUGACGCGCAGUGCGGACGUGCCGCCCGGGCAGCUGAGCAAGCAGGAGCGCGCCACUGUGGACGCCAUCGUUGCUGCCAGCAACUACGCGCUCUCCAUAAUACUCGUGGGGGUGGGCGACGGCCCAUGGGAAGUGAUGCACAGCUUUGACGACGGGCUGCCGCAGCGCAACUUCGACAACUUCCAGUUCGUGGACUGUUCGCAGAUCCUGGCAGCGCCGGGGCCGCACGAGCAGAAGGCGGUGCGCUUUGCGCUGAGUGCGCUCAUGGAGGUGCCGCUGCAGUUCAAGGCGUGCAGCGAGAUGGGUGCUCUGGGCAAGCGCAUCGGGCGCAUGCCACCCACCCCGCCUCUGCCUCCCCCUCCACGAGUGCUCGAGAUGGACGCUGCUGCUGCUUCGGGCAUGGGAUACCAGCAACAGCAACAGCCACCGCCGUAUGGCCAGCAGCAACCGCCCCCCUACUACCAGCAGCAGCAGCAGCAGCCGUACCCCGGUGCCCCUCCUUCCAGCUAUCCCACCGUGCCCUCCGCCCCGCCUGCACCGGACCAGUUCCCUUCGCAAGAGGGGGGGUAUCCGUCUCCUCAAGGCGGGUAUGGGCAGCAGGGUGGUUACCCCCCUCAGCAGGGAGGGUAUUCUUCUCAACAAGGUGGUUACCCCCCACAGCCGAAUCAACAGGGUGGUUACCCUCCACAACAGGGCGGUUAUUCUUCUCAACCUGGAGGUUACCCCACACAGCAGGGUAAUAACCCUCCACAGCAGGGUGGUUAUUCUUCCCAACCCGGCGGUUACCCUCCCCAGCACGGCGGGUCUCCAACUCAGCAGGGUGGCUACUCGUCACAGCCAGGAGGGUACCCUCCUCCCCCACAAGGCUACAAGCCGCCCUACUGA